AUGUAUUUUUCCGACUCGUUGAUUUGGAUUCUCAGCCUCACAGCAAGCACUGCCCAUGGUUAUCAGCUUGACUUUCACAAAGAAUCUGCAAAACGAUGUUCCAGUGAAGCUAUUGGCUCCUGGUCGGGCGAUGUUAGCUCCGGAUGUCACGAAAAUUAUGCUGGUGUGGCUCACGGCGUCACUGUUACGCCAGGGGACAACGAACGUGGCUCUGUUGUCGCUUUUUACGAUUCCAAUGAUUGUGACCCAGCCCAUCUUAUCAAGAAACAGCACCUGGGCUGCUCAUCUCAAAGUUAUCGUUCGUUCCAGGUGGUUGAUCGGGAAUCACAUUUCAAAGUCGAAAAGCCCAUCUCUGCCCGUAGCUUCCGCAAUUCAGAUUCAGACUAUGAGGCACUUCGCCGCGAAACGGAAAAUCCUCCUGCUCGUCAUGGCGAUGAAUUUGAGCAUAACGGCGUCACACGAAGGUGGCAUCAAAUUGCCAGAGGCGUCUUCACUGGGGUCCCUGCUUAUGAGUGGGAUGAUGAAAUCCACCAAGCGAGAGACCAUGAGCUGGAUUUGACGUCAGAUAACUAUUCUAUAGCCGAACGUGAUGUUGACGAGAGCCUGGUACCAUUUCUGCUAGAACGGGAUCUUGAGGAUAGCCGAUGCAUGACCACCGUUCGAUGUACUGCGGAUAUCGCAAGGAGGGGAUACGGAGGACUGAAGAAAUGGGGUGAUAAACUGGUAACCAUGGCAGCUGCAGCUGCAAAAGAGGCAAAAAAGCCGCUAUGGGAAUUCUUAAACGAACCAUUCAUUGCGACGCUCGCAGGAGGCCCCGUUGGUCUUGCAGGUACUGUCGGUGCUAUGUUUAUCAACAACAAGUUCGAGCCAGGCCUUGACAAAGAUCAAGCUGCACAAUGUAUGACGGAGGAUACGGCAAAAGCUCUGAUUGAAGCUAUCAAUGCCCAAAUCGUCGCGCUGAAUAGAAAUACUGCUGCACAUGAGACUAGAGUCGAGGGCAGUAGGGGACAGCUUGCGGAUGUAUCUGUUGCUGUUGAUGAAGGCGGACACAAGCCCACUGAAUGUGAUGCUGCAGGUAAUUGA